AUGGAUCGUCGCCUGACCGAUCGGAUUGCCUCCAUCCCACCCUCCCAACCGACGAAACCAACCAUCUACCUGAUCCGUCAUGGGGAGAAGCCCCCGGAUCCCAGCGACAGCGGUCUCAACGCCGACGGCUUCAAGCGCGCAGAAUGUCUGCGUUCCGUCUUCGGCGCCCACUCACCAUAUGAUAUCGGAUAUAUAAUGGCACCACACAUCAACUCCCUCGGCCAACACCGGCGCUCCUACGAAACCGUCCUCCCGCUCGCCCACGAUCUCUCCCUGCCGAUCGACACCUCCUGUAAGCGCAAUGACGCGAAGUGCGUGGCGCGGAAGAUCCGUCACUACCGGGGGCCCGGCAAUAUCCUGAUUUCAUGGCGGCAUGGAAAGAUGGCGAAUAUCGUCCGCGCCUUGGGCUCGGAUGACCCACCCGUUUAUCCUGAAGAGCGGUUCGAUUUGAUUUGGACGAUUCCUUGGCCGUUUGACAACAUUACCUCGAUUGAGAGUGAGAGUUGUGUUGGUUUAGAUGACAAGGGAUCCGACGCUGAAUUCUUGGAGCUUUAG